GAAUUCUCUGGUCAGCUCUGACCGCCCCCUUUUCUAAUUAGUCCGCAUGAAAAGACUGAAGCUCCGGAGACACGGAGCAGAAGAGCAGCAGAAGCUGCGAGGAACAGCAGCACACCACACAAACGCACACACACGCGGCGCUGCAUGAGCUCAGUCUCAGCUCGGACUAUAGAAGACAUCGCCGAUCACACGCCCACACACACAGGACUACACCGCCUGUUCAGAGAAUUAACCAUCUAACUGUAAGGAUUUGGUCAUGGAGCACACGCUCACACCUCGUUCUUUGUGGACUAACGACAGCAAGUUUCUCCAUCAUCACUCCACGGAUUUGUUCACUAGUGUCCAAGUCACUCAGGACAUCCCGCCUGGAGCUACUUUCGGACCUUGCCUCCUCCACAACACCUUCUACGACACUAUAGCUUUUAUUGCUCUGAAGUCGUUUGAUAAGAGAGAGAAAUCCUACGUCUUUAGGGUAGAUCCUGAAGCUAUGAGGAGCUCACCGUUGAUGGUUCCCUGGCUCAGGCUGGUGCAGGCUGCGAUGAACACAGCCGAGCAAAACACUGAGGCUUUCCUGAAGUCAGGACAGCUGUAUUUUCGGACUACCCGUCACGUGACGAGAGGAGAGGAGCUGUUCGUGUGGUACGAUGAGGAGCUCUCUCAUCUUUUGGGCCUGAGUGAUAUUAAACCUCGAGCUGUAGCAGAAGGUUUGUCGUGUGGAAGAUGUGGUCAGGCCUUCAGGAACGAGAAUCCAUUUCUCGCUCACUGUCGCUUUCUGUGCGCUCAAGUCAAGCCGGCCGUGACGCGCCCGGACACGGAGCAGAAACGACAGCGGCGGGUCACCACCGACUUCCACAACAUCGCCAGAGACCUGGAGCACGUGGAGCAGCGGAAAGCCGAGGACGCGCUGGCGUCGCGAAAACGUAAACACGAGGAGUCUGCGAGCCCGCGCAGCAGAAAGCCCGUUUUACUGGAGAAGACCAACAUCGACCACAACACCACUGUAACUCCCAGCCACAGCUCAGCAGACUCCAGCGAGAAACUACUCGGCAUCAGUGAACCGGAUUUCGUGCUAAAGAGCGGCAAAAACAGCGCGUUUGGGGAGAUUAAUGAAGUCCUAGAACAUAAAAGAGAACCCCCUGCCCUGUUCAGGGAUGUAAGGAGGGAGCUGGAACCGGACACUGGCCUCCAGUCUGACUCUAGCGCCUUCUCCUUCGUAUUGCCCGGUAGUGCGCAUGCGCAACAAAAGAGCGCCUUUUGCAAACCGCAAAAGCGCGCCAUUAGUUCCACAGAAGGCCUUCAACAUCCGGGUCCUCCACUAUGUAAUCCGCGCGAUGUGCUACAACAACAGGACGACCAUAUGGACACUUUCGGCUCCAAGACCACCGUCGGCUACAGGAACCUGCUGGCCUCCCACCUGUUUCAGGGGGACCAUGCUAGUGCACAGACAAUGGCGGCCGCCCCGCUGCUGUACGCGCCGGAGCAGUGGAGCGGCGGUGGGGUGAGCGGGCAGCUCCGACCCUCCGCCUCCUCGCUCACCCUCCUGCCCGCCACCUUCGGCUCGCUGCAGGGCGUCUCUGUGCAGAACUGGUGCGCCAAGUGCAACCUCUCUUUCCGCAUGACCUCCGACCUGGUGCUGCACAUGAGGUCGCACCACAAGAAGGAGUUCGCUGCCGAGUCCCAAGCGCGCAGAAGGCGAGAGGAGAAGCUCACGUGCCCCAUCUGCCACGAGUACUUCCGCGAGCGCCAUCACCUCUCACGGCACAUGACUUCUCACAACUGAAGGAAUUAUGUGACAGAACCAUAUCUCUCUGCCUUUCAUGUGGGUGUGAAGGGAUGCACUUCAGGAACGCUUGGAGGUGAAACUGUGGCUUCGUCCAGAAACUUUUGCUACUCCAUCUCUCCUACUCUUCCUUUCCUACUCCUCCUCUCCUACCCCGGAAGAAGGUGGAGGAAUCAAGGAGAGGAGAGGAGGAGGAGGAAUGGAGGGAAGGAGCUGUAAUUGGGGAAAUGGGACAGCUGAUCCCUUUUAGAUAGGAAGUUGACUACCAUUGAACUGAGCCAAUCACAACGCACACUUUCAGCACGUUUCAGAACAUUACUAUCACACACAGCUAAAAAUUCAGAUAUUCCAAUAAAAUCCUGAGUACUCCCA